UACUGUGUGUGCCAAUAGGCCCCAAAUGCUUCUUGUUGUUGAAUCAGGAUGAUCAACAGGAGAGAGACUCUAAACCUAAGGAAUGCAAACAUUACAUUUAUUUAUUUUUAAUGUUUGUUUAAAAUAACUGAUCUUAAAAAUUCUGCAAUUUAUCUAUUGUUACAGCUUGACUAUUUCAGCCUCGAUUUUGUCAUUGGGAUUUUAGUUUGCUACAAUUUGGAGUUUUUGAAUAACCCUAUGAUAUCCAUUUUCUGUAAUGCUCAGUUCAGGCAUUGUUUAGCUACAGUGCUGCUCAGUCUGCUGUCACUGAGUGCCUGUGUCCCAUGUUAUAUACAGUAGCAGCCAGUGGCAUUCAGUCUCAGCUGACAUUGAUUUGGCAUUAGAUGGCGCAGCUGCUCGGAGGUCAGUAACUGUUAAUAUUGUUCUGCUAAACAGAAGCUCAGAAAUUAGUCUUAUAAACGCACUCCAGGGUCAAACCAUCCGUAUGCUAUCACAGGGCACUGUGUGGACUUGGUCACCAUGGGCUAUUUAAUAAAGUUUAUUGCAAGCGCCAGCCUGCAGCCAGUGACCCAGACUGAUGACGUCGCGGCCGCGCGUGCUGUUGUUUAUCCAGCGUAUGAUUAGUUUUGGUUCGCCCAAGCUUUAUUGAUAAGUGACAGCGCGGACAGCACGGUCCCUGUGUGCCUUGCCAGUGCAGCCAUGCAUGAGUCCGGGAAGUGCCGCAGCCCGCCGCCUCGCUGCGCUGUGUGAGCGGCUCUCCGGGCACUGUGUGCGUGUUCCUGCCAUGAUAGCCGCUCCGUGCUGGCCCGGGGCCGGGGAGUGACAGAGGCCGAGUCCAGCCCGUUCCCCGCCUAGUGACCGAUCUCCCCGGUGGCGGCAGGAUGUCGGUGUGCAUGCGGCGGCUCAUCACCAACACCCGGGGCUUCCUGUGGUCGGACAUGGAGACCCGCGCCCUGCUGGAUAUCUGGGGGGAGGCGGACGUGCAGUCAGCCCUGGACGGUAAUUUCCGUAACAGCCAUGUGUACCGGGACGUGGCGGCCCGCCUGGGGGAGCUGGGCUUCGAGCGCACCCCGGAGCAGUGCCGGAUUCGCAUUAAAGGCCUGAAGCGGCAGUAUUACCAGGCCCGGGAGGGCUUCAAGAAGAACGGGCACGCCCGCAAGAUCUGCCGCUACUACGAUGAGAUGGACCGGAUCCUGUGUGCACGGCCUGCACCGGCCAGCAGCGGGGAACCGGCCCUGCCAGAGACAGCCGGCAUGAUACUGCUCCACCCCGAGCCCCCCUGCAGGGAAGACCUGCCCGGAGACCGCAGGGAGAGGGAGGAGGAGGAGGAGAUGGAAGAUGAGGAGGAAGCAUCAGGAGGAGGACCAGAGUCCUCUCAAGAUAACUUCACUGAGGACUCCGGGGAGGGCUCCUCCUGUUACACGGAGCACCCCAUCAAAGUGGAAGAUGGAACCAGCUUUGCCAUCCCUCUGCCACCCAACGAAGGUAGGUGGGCAACUCUCUGCUGCUGUGUGUAUAGUGACCGGUAAACACACACUAGCUGCAGGUCCACUGCUCAGUACUAUUUGGCAAUCCAGCUGUUGUUGGCUAAAUUACAUUCAGUGUUCUGCCAAAUAAUUGACAGAGUACUAGGACAAAUAUUUCACAAAAGCUUGGUUGCCAAAGCUGCACUUGGUUUAAGCAAGUUUUGUGUGUGUUUAAAAAAAAAAAAAAAAGUUUUCCCAUUAAAAAAAAAUACCAGUAGGUAUCUUAAAAAGAUAACUUCAAUGAAGAAUUGCACAUGGUAAUGAACUUGCAGUGUGGAAGCUUCAUAAAAGUCAUCGCUGUCUAUUUUGAUAUCUCAUUAAUAUUACUACUAUGUAAAUGCCGUGUAGUUUUAGAGUCCAGAGAAGCCAGCUAAAAUUUUUGCAAUUUGGGUUUUAAUUAUUUGCAUUUCUGAGAUUACUGCUUUUUAGGGACCUCCCAAAAUGUGAAAUGCAAUUUAUGACUCUAGAGGUGGAAAUUAUAAUAGAGUUGGCUCCCAAAUUUGUUUGCCUAGCUUACAUAGCUCCCUCAAUCAGCAUUCCUCACAUUUGUUUUUGCUUUUGUCAGUUUUAAGCACUUGUACAGUUGGGGGGGGGGGGGAAACCUGUCUACAUCAAUUUUAUAAAAUUUUCAGGGGAGUGGUGUGGCAUUUCCUACUUUUAUAUAUGCAUUUGUUAAUACCAAACUGCCUCUCUUUUAAUCUCCAUCUCAGGGUAUAAACACAUUAAUGCCAAGACAAAUCCACUGCAAAAUCCACAACUUAAAAAAUCCAAGAAACGGCACUGCAAUGUGACAUUAGACAAAAUGAUGGAGCGUUUCCUGCAGCAAAGUGUGGAUGCAGAGGAGAAGUUUUACAAGUAUGAGGAGCAGCGACUGCAGAUUGAGGAUAAGCGUCGGGAAGCAGAGCACACUCGAGAACUUCAGAUGUUGCAGAUGCUGGCACAAAUGCUCAACGGGAUUUCUUCUGCUUCUCAGCUGGCUGCGCCUAGCCGUGCAAGCCCCCCUCACAGAGCAAAUAUUCGACCAUAUACAGAACCAGUGCACUUUAAUUCUACUACAUCUACUUUUCCCUCUCCUAUAGGUAUAAUAUUACAAAGUCCAUGCAAUUUUAGUUAUUUUUUCUCUCCUAUCUUCAUUAUAACACUUGUGUAACGCUGCUAUAUUUGUAAUAGAUCCUGAAGCUGUAAACACUUUGAAAUAAACCAUUUUAGAUAUUUUGCAUUGUAUGUCAAGCUUUCUUUUAUGUCUUAAUGUGGUAAAGAUUACUUUACUAAAGUUUUAAAUUGGUCACACUAAACUACUUGACCACUACAGCUCAGUAUAAUUGUUAUUUUGCUUAGAGUUUAUGUGCGCAGUCUCCCGUUUAAAAGCAAUUUGACAAAGACCACAUGUUCUUUGGCCAUAUUGAUAAUGCAGAAUUUUUGCUUCAGCAUUAUCUGUAUUAAUGUAGUCCAGUGGUGUCAUCAGUGAUAGACUAAGUACUGUGCACAGCCCUCAUUGCCCUCCAGGUUGGGCAAAAUUGAUAAUGUGGAAGUGUGUAUACGGCAAUAUCAAUGUGGUUGAAGAGGGUGCAGUCUCUGAAAGUCAAGGAGAGCCACUGUUUUUGUCAAACUGCUUCUAAGAGGUUUGACAUACUUUAAGUAACAUGACCCCUACACGGAGAUGUAGCUGCUUAGAGUUCCCCUUUAAAGAUACUCUCUCCUAUGCAAUUAUUAUACAAAGUGCAUUACACAAGGCAAGCUUCUGCACCUUGUAUAUUGAUGAAAUUGUUUGCUAAAGUAAUGAAUACCAUCAUCCUGCUGCUGGGGUUUGUGCAAUUUUAUUCCAUAUCGUGUUAUCUGAAUAAAAAUACAUUUCUCAUUAAAAACACCAAAAGUCACAAAACAUUAGGUAUUCAAAGUGUUGAUUAAACCACACAAGGAGCACGUUAGGUAAUCAUGUGAGCUGUUUACAAAAUUAUAUUGAGAGAUGUCAAAUUCCUACAUAUAAGAUUAUUUGUGACCAGAAUGUCUUAAGAACAUCUUACUACAAAAAAACACUAACUAGGAUGGUAAUUGAGUGUAAUGGUUUGUCUUGUUUAUUGAUUUAAUUGUUCUGAUGUACACCUAAAAUAAUAACAUAAGUAGUUUGGUUUAUAGUUGUCAAAUGCAUAGUCAGAUACUUAAAUUCUAACCUGUGAAGAGAUUAAUCCUGUAAUUCUGUGUUCAGUUUUAGAGAGAUCAUUCUCUCUGCGUCCCACACGCCCUGCAAAGGACAUGGAGAACAUUUUUCAACUGGUAAGAAAUGUUAUUCCACCUCUUGCCCCCAAAAAGCACAAAGGACAGGAUGGCAAGAUAGGCAUCAUUGGAGGCUGUCAAGAGUGAGUAGUCAUUAACAUAUGGUAAUUUACUUAAGUCAUUUUUGUUCAUUUCUCAAAAUGUUUUUUAUAUACGCAAUUAGAAAUAUUCUAUAAGGAGUGUGUUGUCAGGGUCAGCUCUACCAUUUGGAGAAUCAGACAUUCUCCUAGAGGCUGGACUGCCUGCCGCCAGAUGAGCCAACAGGCAGAUGAAAAGAUCUUUUGACUAGCCUUAUGACCACUAAGCUUUGCGAGUGAGUGUUUGGUCUGAAUAUCUGACAGGUGCAAAUCAUUAGAGGGAAGCUAGUAAUUUUGUAUUUGUGUAGACUCACAGCCACACCACAAAACAACAAAUGCCACUCACAACCACCCCAACCUCCACACAACACUACAAAGUGCCUUUACACACAUGUAGAACUCCCACGUGCAGCCUUCAACACACAUAGACUGUUGGAGAUACAGUGGUAAAUUCUAAUUGGGACGGAAAUUAGAGGGGAAAAUUGGACCAUAAAUAUUUGCUCCAAGCAAAUGGUUAUGUAAAACCUUUCCCCUGCCCUAAUGUACUUUGAAUUAAAGAGUAGCAGGUGAUAGAAAGUGUAUUGGUUCGUGAAAAUGUCCAAAUAUACAUUAUAAUCUGAGUUGCCAAUACGGUUUUAUAACAACUGUACAAGUGACUGCAUAGGACAGCUGUAACACUGUAAAUUCCAUACUCCCCAUUUGUGUGUUCCUAGUAAUAUGAAAGUGUGCUGUGAUGAAAAAUUGUCCGUUGGAUGAACUAGCUUAUGUCUAAUGCUCUAUUUACCUUUGUAGGUACACUGGGGCACCGUACUUUGCAGCUAUUUCUGCUCUGAAAGUGGUAAGUACAUAUAAAUCAACUCUUUAAGUUCUUUAUAAUACGAUUAAUACAAAGGUUAAAGAAAGUAUUGCGAUAAUAUCAAAAAGUGUACUUUAAAGUGGACCUGUUUAGAAAAAUGCAUCCUUGAAUUUAUGCACUGCUAGGAAAAUGGUAAAACAAAUAUAACAAUGAUAAACCUGAAUUUGUGGCUGCCUCCUCCAAAAUGUCUGUUGCAGUAGGUAUAAAUUGAUAUGUGUGCAACCACUGCCCUAAAAUGUUUAGUGUAACAUCACACAGUGCCACGCAUACUACCCACGUUACCCACCUUUUUUAAAUUUUAUUUUGUAUUGCAACGUCACAGUUGUAAUUAAAAACUUCUUGGCAAAUGACUUGAUAAGCACUAUGUGUAGAUUCGUUAUCAUCCUUAAAAUGGCAGCUUGUGAUUUAAAAAAAAAUAAUUUUUUUUAUUGUUUUUACAGCUAGGAUAGAAAUGACAGUCUAACAGCGUGAGAAGUAUAAUUGGAUUUCUACUUGUGUAUGAGUUUAAAGGGUUACUCAGACUACCCUGACUAUUUCUGCCUUUUGAAGUGGUCCUGGUGGGACGAGUCUGUAUGUACAUUGUUACUGCUUGAAACACUGCACAUCAAGAGUUAUUUGCAAUUAUGUGUCGGGGGGCUAGUUAUAGUUCCAGCACACAUGACAUAUAUACAGCCUGGAACUCUGUUAUGGACUACCUAAUGUCAAUUCUGUGUGUAUUUUACAUCUGUCGUUUGUGUGCACUGCUCGCUAGUGGCAGACAUUCUCGGCAUCUCUCUUGCAGGCAGAGCCUGUAAGGGGGAAGCUUAAAAGGACACUAUAGUUUCCAUGACAAUAACAGCUUAUUGUAUUUUUUUCUGGUGAGUAUAAUCUUCAGGCUUUUUGCAGUAAACACUGUCUUUUCAGAGGAAAUGCAGUGUUUACAUUACAGCCUAGUUAUACCUCCACUGGCCACUCCUCAUAUGGCUAAAGGAGAUGCUUCCGGGGCAGUGCUGCACAGUGUGCAGCACUGCCAGUCAGAAUCUGCACCCUCUGCGCAGAGACCCUGAACGUUCCUCAUAGAGAUGCAUUGAAUCAAUGCAUCUCUAUGAGGAGAACCUGAUUGACCAGGGCAGUGUUUGGCUUGUGCUGACUCUGCCUCUUAUCUGCCUCCUUCCCAAUCUCAGCCAGUCCUAUGGGAAAGCAUUGUGAUUGGCUCAGAGAAUCCCUUCUGAUGAUGUCAGCAGGCAGAUCAGAGGCAGCAGCUGCAGAUUUGAACAAAAGUAAGAUUUUAAUGAAUUUGGGUGGGUGGGUAGGGGGGCAGUGUGGCUAGAUGGUGGUUUUAACACUAUAGGGUCAGGAACACAUGUUUGUGUUCCUUUAACUUCCCUCCCUCCUCCUCCUUUCCCUUCCCAUUUUCCUCCUCCCUUUGCUGGCUAAGAGCGCACAUAUGUCCUUUGAGCCAGUUAAAAUAUCCAUUUAAAGACAUCUUCUUUAUGAGAAGCAUGUGAUUGGAACUCCCCAUGGCUCCCGUGACAUCACAAGGGGGUGUGCCGGGUGCUUUGCCCAGCGCUGGAUUAGGGCAAGUAAAAUUUAUUUUAUUAAUUUUUAGCGGGGAACCUGAAAUAUAAUACCUAAUGCACAUUUUGUUUUAUGGUAGCUGUGAAGGACCGCCUGGCACCCCGACUGGGUACCUCCAUCAGCCGCUGCUUCCUAGUAAUCCUUGAAUACCAUAAGCAUCGCACCGGACACCGUAAACCCCACAUAAGAACAAGAGCAAUCGUUGUACGCCAAGUAUAGUGGUUAUAGCAAUCCCCAGUGUGAAUAUAGCUCUCCAAUCCCCCAAACAUGAGCCUAGACUUCACAAAGGGUAAAACAAAUCUGUUUAAUGGCAGCCCCAACUGGCCUUACUUGCAGGUCCCCAUGCAAGGGGCACUCUCCCCUGGACCUGAGAGUAGACUACAGUAAAAACAUGCACACGAUUACAUUGGCUCUCAGGUCCAGGACAGUCCCAUACAAAAUAUGUCAAUCCCUCCCCUAAGCCUGGGAAAUAAUUGAGUCAGCACUGUAUUAAACCAUUUCCUGGCAAAGAAAACAUGCAUUUUUACAAAAACCCCAAAAUACAUUUAAACACACAAAAUCCCCACAAACAUUACAUCCCCUAUCUGAGUGACCAACAUAUUCAAAAAUCACCCAGAUCGUUUCAGGGGUUAGGGAAUUUCCUGGAAGUCACAAUUUGACCAACCACACGCAUGGUCGCAUGCCCAAAACAGUUCCAGAGAGUCAGGGCUUGCGGUCGGUCUAGUUCGGUAGUUUAAAAACUGAACAAACCCUGGAGCUUGUUCGUGGGAGCGUUUCCACCGAACAGUGCCCUUCUAAGUUUUGUAGGACCCAACGCAGGUGAUCCUGGAAGUCCAGCGGUGUUCGGGAGUUUAAGUAUAGGAAAACAGUUCCAGGAACUCGACGACCAAAAUGUCCGCCACCUCCUGGUCGUUCAUGCAAAUAGCGGCCACCCAGACGAACACUUAGAACACUGUGGUGGAAAGUGUUACAAACUGUCAAUUAGGCUUAACAAGCUCCCGGGUGGUCUCUGGUUCUGCAGCUGUUUGGGAACCGAACCAUAUAAUCCCAAUUGCACGAAUAGAGACUUUUUCAAUGUAUAUUACAGGGCCCAUAGUCUGUGGGCAGGAGGCUGACAAGCAGGCUCCUCCAGCAGCUCUUGGCAAACUCACUUGGAAAGGGAUUUAUUUAUUGAUAAUGUGCUGCUGUGUGUACAUUUAUUUAAGGAGUCGGUUAACUAAAUAACUCUUUGGUUUCCUGUUUGCAUUAAUGUUAUAUUCUUCCUUUUGUUUUGUUUUUCUCCUCUUACAAUCAUAACUGUCGUGAUAGCAGAUAGAAUUGAUUUAGACUGUCAUUGUCUGCAAUGCAUUGCGCUUGCUUUUCAGCUCAAAACCAUUAAUGUUAACACCCAGUGGCACAUGAUGCACCAAUACCAUUGUAAUAUAAAGGGAUUUGCCUAACCACUUAUCACAAAGGAGGGUUAGUUCUCUUUUAUUGAUUUAGAUUGAAAAUGCUUAAGUGGUUGGUGCAUUUUGCUCAUUUCUGAAACUCAAGCAUACAACUGUAACAUUUAUGGCAUUUACAAUCUCUAGGCCAAAAUAAGCUGGACACCUUUUCAAACUUCACUAAAGUAUAUAGUUUUCUAUAUUAUCAUUUCAUUAAUAAAUCAGACCCAUUAAUUAUCAUAACUUAAAGAGUAACUCCAAAUAACACAACCACUUCUACUUUUAGAAAUGGUCAUGUUUCUGCUUAAAACCCGACCAGUAACACAGUUGACUUUGGCACCCAGAAUUCUGUUGCGAACUGACAAAUGUCGAUUCUGUGCAAAUCUGUCUGUCUUCAGCAGGCCCUGGCGACAUAAUUUUUCUGAUUAUCCUCUUGCAGGCUCUGCAGAAUCUUGUCUCCUCUCCCACCUUUCUAUCCUGUCCACUAAUUUUUUUUCUUUUUUUCUCCCACCAUCCCUCCUCUUCCUUUCCUUUCCUUCCCUUUCCUUCCCUUCCCUUUCCUUCCAUUCCUUUCCUCCCCUUCCUUUCCUCCCCUUCCUUUCCUCCCCUUCCUUUCCUCCCCUUCCUUUCCUCCCCUCUCCCUUCUCCCAAUUUAGAGCUUAUAUAUGCGCUCUGAGCCAGUUAAAUGGUCCAAUCAAAGGCUCUGAUAAUUCUUUAAUUGAAUUGCAAGAUGUCAGGAGGGCAUAUGCUGAGCAGUAGUUAAACGUUAUUUUAAAACUAAAGAACAAAAAACCCAUUUAUGUGUCAUACGUUUAAAGGUUGGAGUAACUCUUUAAAUGCUAACAGCUACCAAGUUAUUUAUUUAUUACCAAAAACAUUUGAUGGCAUACCUCAGUAUGUUUAUCCCUCCAACUAUCAUCUGUGCUGACAUUUGCAAGAAAAUUUCCCCAAUGUUCAUGUUUGUACAUUUGAAUGAAUUAGACAAAUAUAUAGCUAUGUGUUACAAAAUGAGCACACAAUCAUUUUUGGACAGACAUUCUGAGGAAACGUUCUGCACUGUUGAUGCUACUUGUUCAUGGCAUGUUUUAAGUGUUUUCCGAAAAGCUUUACUCAUUUUCUAUUUUUUUCUUAGGGUGCUGAUUUAUCCCAUGUAUUUUGUACCAAAGAUGCUGCAACCGUGAUAAAGUCGUACAGUCCAGAGCUUAUCGUACAUCCCGUUCUGUAAGUUUACUUUUUGCAAGGACGGAUGAUAGAAUCCAGUAGUUAAAUUAGCAAGCAGUAGUUAAAAUAGCAAGUUGACUGUUGAUUUUUGUUAUGCUACUGGUAUUUGUACAAGGAAAUCUGCUUUGGUAUAAUUAGGCACACCAUUGGCUCUGCACCAUACUCUAUAGGAAAUACAUUUAAAAUAAAAAAAAAUUAAUAAAAGCAGUGUUUAUUAUGGAACAUGUAUUUCUUAGUAAUGUCUGAAGCUUUUACUGUUUAACACAGUGACCAGCCAAACGCUGUGCUUGAGAUUGAAAAAUGGCUCCCACGACUACACACAAUUGUAGUAGGACCAGGGUUGGGGAGAGCUGAUUCCAUUCUGGAAAAUGCUAAGGUAUUUAUGAAUGAUUAGCCUCACAGUGAUAUUUGCAAUUCUGGUGGUUGAUGAACAUCCUCUCGAUUGAAACGUUACCCUACUGCUACAUGGUGGAAUAAAUCAUCUACAAGAGUUGUGCUCGUGGCCAUUUAUGCUACAGUACUUUUUUUACUUCUCAUGAAUCUUAGCCUUUUAUAACCUGUUUCCAAUUUAUUAUUUUGAUUUUAUUCCCAACUUUGUUGAAUCACAAAUCUUUGUAAAGCUCCAUGAAUAUCCAUGCUACAUAAAAAAUAUAAAAUAAUUAAAUUAAAUGAAGACUGUUUUCCAGCAUGUACCUGUUAACUUGUUUGUUGUAUUAUUCAAUAUCUAUCGUAGUUUGUAUUAGCCGUAUUUUAUGUUGAUCCAAUAAAAAAAAGCUAUCAUUGCAUAGGCAUUAGGCAUUAUAUAUUCAUAUUAUAUGUGUGUGUAUAUAUAUAUAUAUAUAUAUAUAUAUAUAUAUAUAUAUCUCCCCCAGCAUUAAAGGGACACUAUAGUCCCCAGAACAACUACAGCUUAAUGUAGUUGUUCUGGUGUCUGCUACUACCUGUCCCUGCAAGCCUUUUAACGUAAACACUGUCUUUUCAGAGAAGAGAUGCUGAUUGGGGCACGCAGCAUUUUUUCCUAUGAGAAAGCACAUUGGAUUGGCUGAGUUAAUCAAAUUUGAUGAUCUCCGUUAAGGAGGCAGAACGGGGUCAGCCAAGAGUAGACCUGUGUCUCGCUGGAAAAAUGUUGACUAUAUGACCUUUUAAAGGUGGCAAGGGGGGGGUGGGGUGGAGACCUCAACAGCAAAUUUAAACAUAUUUGUAUUCCUGACACUGUAAUUUUUAUUUGCUGUCACCUCUGCACCCUCACCCCUCUUUUACAACUAAAUAAUCAAAGCUUUAUGGAUGAAAAGUGCAUUGAAUCCAACCCUUUUCUAUGAAAAGAAUCGGAGGACAUUUGACUGUGAAUGUCAAGAACUGUGUCUGACUUGGUUUUCACUGUCAAAGUAUAAAACAAACAAACCAACCUAUGAAGUCAACAUGACACUAAUCUAACUAUAGGGCAGUUGAAAGGGUUACUCCAACCACCGUGUCCAGUAAUCUGCUUGUUCCUUCCUUUUUUUCAUUCCUUGCACAAUUCCCCCUGUCUAGCUCUCCCUGCAUUUUAACAUAGAGCUAUCACACUCUUCCCCCUUUUUGGCAUUGCUUCCAGUCCCUCUGGUCCGACACUUCAUACUGCAACAGUAGAACCAGUAGUUGUUAAUUUAUGUGGAGGAGAUGUAACCUUGAUUAACAACUAGCUUGGAGUAAAUCUUUAACACAGUUCUUAUACCAUAUACGCACAUCUACUAAAUGGUGAACUCCAGCAAUUAAUUAAGCUAGCAAGUGACCAGCUUUUGCUACAAAUUCGCUGAAAAGUCCUGGUAACUUGGUGGUCUCUAGUGGGGGCUCUUAACAUAAUAUGGGAGGUAGGUAGGAGCUAUAGUAUAGAAACAAGAGAGGAAAUGUGCCUGUGUCCACUCUUGUCGGUGGUGGAUUCCAGGGAGAUGUGCCAGCCCUCUGGCUUCCUCCCAUGACUGGCAAGUAGUGGCUUUUAAAUAGUCCAGAAGGGGUGGAUUAGCCCCUUGUUAACCGCUCCUCACCCUGAUAUUUGUUAUUAUUUUAUUAUUUAUAUUGUGCCAUCAAAUUCUGUAGCGCUGUACAAUGGGUAUGAUAUGAAGGGGAGAAAUCUAAUCAUACCUAAAUCUAAUACUUGUAGACUAAAAAUUCCAUACUUGGUUUCAGAAUUCUUCUUUUUUCAAAUCUUUUUUUUCAACUACAAAAAAGGACAAAUGAAAAACCAUAAGAUGAAAUGCAAAUAUUAGAAAUGAAAGGGAAAAUAAGACACAAAUCACAUUAAAAAAAACUUGAUGGAAAAAUAACUGCAGUACCAAAAAAUAAAUCCAUCAUUGCAUAUUGAGGGCUUCUUGGAGACUGACAAAUCAAGGUGGGAAAGGACUUUAAAAGCACCUUUCGAAGUUUUGAAUUGUGAGUCCGAGAGCUCUAAUUGGUUUGCUUGGAGACCAACCAGUCAGAGCCAUUUGACUGGCAAGAACAACCACUACCAAGGUAUUAUCAGUGACCUGUCUAUCCCUGAUUGUUAACAUUUAGCCAGCACACAAUAGUGCAGUGAGUUAAAAAUUAACCCAUCUUACACAGAUUGUGUUUUGUAAUUAUUUAGUUUAACAAUAUUACAUUUACACAUUAUACAGUAAAUAAUACAUUAUGUACCUGAAAAGAAAUCUGCAUCAUUCAUGGUAACCAUACAAAACAUCAGUAUUUAAAGAAUAGUUUAAACAGUACAGUGCCAAUUGCGAACUUGUGUCCUGAGACUUAUUGAUUUAGACGUAAAACUAAGAGGUUUAAUCAUGGGUGCUGUGAAGAUAUAGGCCAAAGGCAUUUUAAAGCCUUUCUGUAUCUGCUAUUUUGUAAGUAUGUUUGUAUUGAGGAAAAAGAUUGAUCAAGUACAGCUUUCUGGUUCAUUAACCAAGCACGGUAGGCAAUCUUCGGCACUCCAAAUAUUUUGGAGUAAAUCUACCAUAAUGCUGUCAAAGCAUCAUGGGAGAUGUAGUCCACAACAUCUAGAGUGCCAAAGAAUGUGUACCCCUUGGCUGUUCCUGGUAUAUUGGAGAUAUUUGUGAAAACUUGAGGAGUAGAUUAUUUAUUGAAGGGAAACUUGUAGUGCUAGGAAUUCAAAACUUGCCUUAGGACUACCCCAUAGGAAAGCAUUGUAUCAAUGCUUUUCUAUGUGGUUUUUAGCUGACUUGAUGUCCUCGUGCAAAGCAUGAGGAUGUUCAGCCUCCGUUAAUCAAAAGUCACAUAACCUUGUAGACAGCCACUAGAGGUGGAGUUAACCCUGCAAAGUAAUUAUUGCAGUUUAUCAAUAACGGCAAUUGUAACAAUUGCAGGGUUAAACUGACAGUGUCACUGCACCAGGCCAUGAGCUGAAGUUUUCUGAGUGCCUGUAGUGUCCCUUUAAAGUUAAUAUGGGUAUUUCACAAGCUGAAGACAAUAUAACUAUUUUCUCCUGAAACCUUUGCCAUGGGCAUGCAAAAAUAUUUUGAUAACUGACCAAUAUUAGAAACACAUGAGGCCAGACAUCUUUGAGACUUGCACCUACUUUGUCAUGACUGAAACGUAAGUAAAUUAAUCUUUGAAAAAGUCAUAAGUUCAUUGUUAUGGUGAAAAGCAUAAUUUCUGCUGAGAUUUAGGCGUCUCUCUAAUUUCUGCUGAGAUUUAGGCGUCUAUCAGUACAGUGUUGUUUAAAAUAGUUUUGUAUGUUUUUUGGGCUACAUGUAGCCAUGAAAUAUUCCUGUAAAGAUUAUUUCAGGUGAGGGCUCUUAAAUGUUGCUGCCAUUACAAAAUAUUGGACUUCUCAAACAGUAUGGGCUAUAUUUGACGAUAUAUUGCAAACUACAUGUAACAAAGAGGAUUGUUCACUUUAGUGGACAUUGUUUAUGAUGUUCUAAAGCAAAAACUGGAUUUUUAAAAAUUAUUUUCAUUAAAUAUGUCAUAGUUGUCUUGAAGCCACACAGAUUUGGUUUUCAAACAUUCACAUAACAUUUGGUUGUGUUUUCGCUGCAUGGCAAAGAUAUAUAGAGGUUUGAUCAAUAUCGGUAUUUCAUGAUUUGUAAUCUUGAAACUUUUUAGAUUUAGUUUUAGAAGAUAAAAAAAAAAACUUAAACGUAAAACAAAUUGUGGUGUUGGUUUUUGUACUCCCUUUUGUGCUCAUACUUUUGUACUCACAAUGAGUCAAACUAUUUAUUGAACUUCUGUUUUGUUUACAGAGCGUUAUUGAAAAAGCUAAAUCAAAAGGCAUUCCUAUUGUGAUUGAUGCAGUAAGUAUCCUUAUCAAACUAGUAGAAUUGCAACAGCAUAUUUAUAGCCUAUAACCAUAAUCCAGUGUAUUUUGCUGUUCUAGGAUGGACUUUGGCUUGUUGCCCAGGAACCUACAAUUAUUCAAGGUUACCAACGAGCUGUGCUCACCCCAAAUUUUAUGGAGUUCAGCAGGCUUUAUGAAGCUAUGGUAAGCAUUCUAUAUCUCCAGAUGUAGCAGAAUUAGGGCAAUGUUACAUACACCAGCAGGGGACUAAGAAUAUAUUGUGAAAUUAGCUAUCUGGUGUAUACAAUACACUCAAUUCUGUUGCAUUUGUUUAAUAAUCUUUUUAUUGACUUUCAAAAUUCAAACGUUCUGUUUAUGUGCCUAGAAUUACUGGAUGCAGUUUUGAGUUUAUCAUAAAAAAAAAUAUUCGAUCAAAAGAUUGGUUGAAGGCACGUGAGGUUUUUAUUCCCAACCCCCCACCUCCUUUUGCAGUUUUUUCAGCUGCUGUACAUAGAAUUGGUAAUGCCUUCUUACUUAGAAUUAUUAUGAAGAGAAAGUGUGCACUUCAAUACAGGUGUAUAUUUGUUUCUUUAUGUUUGUACGUAGCUAUGUUAUAAUAGCUGGGGAUGAAAUUUUACUUUCAGUAAGCAAUUGUGUGUGAUAAUUUUACAACACAAAAGGGCAUGUUAACUGUUGCCAAAAAUGGAAAAUUUUAAGAAAGAAAAAAGUCUCUCUAUUUACCACAGGAAACUAAUUCUGAAAUUUAUCUUGGUAUUUGCUUGCAUGUUUAUAUAUUAUGGCACCUUUUUCACAUGUAUCAAUUCUAUUAUUCCAGUAUUGAUAUUUGUUGUUUUUUUUUUUUGUUUUUUUACUUUAUUGUUGAAAAUGUCUUCAAUAAACUUUUAAAUGGGGGGAGAUUGUGUUGUAUCCUGCAAAUUGUCCCUGUUUAUUGGACCUGCCUGACCACUCCACACCUAGAUGAGGCUUUCCAACCAGGAGGAUCACUUUCUUGUCUAUGGGAACUCCUCUUAACUCAUGAACAGUGGCUUAUAUGAUAAGUAGUUUAUUCCUCACAAAAUUUGCAAUUAUCACGUAGAAUUGCAUUCUAACUUAAUGCAGCUGCAAUAAGUUUCACAACCCAAUUCACUAUUUAGUGAACUUAUGCUCCUAUGGAAAGGAGUUUGGUGAACCUAGGGAAAGGGCUAUGCUCUUUCCAGGGAGGAGGGACAGCCUUCCUUAGUUUGCAUAUGCCACACACAUACUCGUGGGUUGCCUUGUAUCACUUUUGUCUAUACUAAGUGUUCUGAAAUUUCUUGUAGCAGUAAUGAUGAUUAUAUUUUUUUCCAAAACACUAUUGCUAUAAGCAAUUUGCAGAACUGAAAGUGGAUUUGGGGUGCUCUAAGCACCAUACAUUGAUUUUCAAUAAAUCGCAAUGCUAUGGUGCAGAGACUGGCCCCUUAAGGAAACAUGCGUGGUGUGUAAGUGAAGAUACAUUUGUAAUGUAAAAGAAUUAGAUUCUAUUAUGGAUAUGCAUGUAUUGGGUAUAACUGGGGGGAUUAGAGCCAGUGGUUCUUUUUUUAAAUCACUUCAGUUUCAAGAUUAAAAAUAGUUUCUAUUUUUAUUUUGCUUUGUUCUAAGAAGUGGUUGUUGCGCUGUUCUGUCUAGACAUAUAUUUUAUGUUUGUAAUUAAAAAAACUGUGAGAAUUGUAAAAAUAUACUUUUAGCAUAGUGUCUCUCCCUAUAAUGUACUAAAUAAUUUAUAUUCUUUAAUUGUGCAGCUCACAGAGCCUGUGGAUAGCAGUGACCAUCACGGAAGUGUUUUAAGACUUAGUCAAGCAAUGGGCAAUAUAACAAUUGUUCAGAAAGGAGAACGUGACCUCAUCUCAGAUGGAGAAAAAGGUUAGUGUUCUAAUUAGUUCAACAUUACUGAGCACCAAAUCAAUUUAAUGUUUAAGGCAUUACUGCUAAUAGGAUUCUUCAACAUCCAUAUCUUGCACACCACUGUCAGAAUGUGUUUUUUUUUUUUUUUUUUUUUACAUUUGUGCCUGUGAGUGGUUAUGAAAUGUAUAUAGCUCAUGUAUCUAUGAGGAGCAUUGGAUUGACCAGUCAUCCACGCCACCUGUCGUGGGAGACUCUCUUACUUAUUUUAUUUUCAUUUUUGUGCAUAUAGGGGUGGGGACAAAAUGUUAUGGGUCACACAGCCAUAGCUACAGUGCCUUGCAAAAGUAUUCACCCCCCUUGACUUUUUACCUAUUUUGUUACAUUACAGCCUUGAAGGGACACCAAAGUCACCGGAACAACUUUAGCUUAAUGAAGCAGUUUUGGUGUAUAGAACAUGCCCCUGCAACCUCACUGCUCAAUCCUCUGCCAUUUAGGAGUUAAAUCCCUUUGUUUAUGAACAACACUUCCUGUAAAGAGAGCCCUAUUUAGGCUUUCUUUAUUGCAAGUUCUGUUUAAUUAAGAUUUUCUUAUCCCCUGCUAUGUUAAUAGCUUGCUAGACCCUGCAAGAGCCUCCUGUAUGUGAUUAAAGUUCAAUUUAGAGAUUGAGAUACAAUUAUUUAAGGUAUAUUACAUCUGUUUGAAAGUGAAACAAGUUUUUUUUUCAUGCAGGCUCUGUCAUUCAUAGCCAGGGGAGGUGUGGCUAGGGCUGCAUAAACAGAAACAAAGUGAUUUAACCCCUUCAGGACGGAGUCAAUAGUGCACGUUCUGAUCAAAACAAAGCGUAAACAAAAAUUGGAAUUUGCGCUAUAUGUCUGUUCAGCUGUAAUUCACCGCUGUCACAUUAAAGGACCACUCUAGUCACCCAGACCACUUCAGCUUAAUGAAGUGGUCUGGGUGCCAGGUCCAGCUAGGGUUAACCCAUUUUUUCAUAAACAUAGCAGUUUCAGAGAAACUGCUAUGUUUAUCAAUGGGUUAAGCCUUCCCCUCCUCUAGUGGCUGUCUCAUUGACAGCCAGACUUGCGUGCUUCUCACUGUGAUUUUCACAGUGAGAGCACGCCAGCGUCCAUAGGAAAGCAUUAUGAAUGCUUUCCUAUGUGACCGGCUGAAUGCGUGCGUGCGCAUUCAGCCGCAUGGGAGGAGAGAAGGAGGAUCGGAGGAGAUGAGCUCCCCGCCCAGUGCUGGAAAAAGGUAAGUUUUAACCCCUUUCCCCCUUCCAGAGCCGGGCGGGAGGGGGACCCUGAGGGUGGGGGCACCCUCAUGCACUAUAGUGCCAGGAAAACGAGUAUGUUUUCCUGGCACUAUAGUGGUCCUUUAAGUGCAUCCACACUUAUUAUAUAUCAUUUUCUUCAGGAGAAACAGAGCUUUAAUUUAUCAUUAACUAUUCAUAUAUGGAACAUAAUUUAUUAUGAAUACAAUUUAAAAAAAAUGUGAGAAAAUAAGAUUUUUUAUUUUUUUUACAUUUGUAAUCGUCUGACAUUUUAGCUGUGAAUGUCAUAAUACUGUUAGGUUUUUCUGCAAAAAAAUGCACAUAUUUGUAAUCAGCGAUGUCUCACGAGUACAACAGUACCCCCCAGGUUUUAUGGUGUUUUGGAAAGUUACAGGGUCAAAUAUAGAACGUUUCAUUUUCAAAUUGAAAUUUGCCAGAUUAGUAAUGUUACCUUUGAGACGGUGUGGUAGCCCAGGAAUGAGAAUUACCCCCAUAAUGGCAUACCAUUUGAAAAAGUAGACAACCCAAGGUAUUGAAAGUGAGCUAUGUCUAGUCUUUUUUAGUAGCCACUUAGUCUUAGUAGCGUUCUUUUGUUAUUUGCAAUGUUUUAUGCUCUUUAUGUCCUGAUGAAAGCUCCGAUCGGGAGCUGAAACGUUGACUUCGCUUGAAUUGACCUACAAUAAAUUGGAUGAAUUAAACCCAAGAGUGCCGGUAAUUUUUUGAUAUUUGUUUUUAUAUACACACCAAUAGAAAAAGAGUGCACUCAGGAGGACUUCUUUGAAGAAAAUAUACUUAGUUCAUUCACAAACGUGUAGAAUUUUAAAACGAUCAAGUCGACGUUUCAGUCCCCGAAGGACUUUUAUCAAGAUGGUGAAAAACGGGAAAAGUAAGGAUUUAAAUAUGGUGAGAUCAAACUCUGAUUGGAGAGUAAAAAUACGAAACAAAAAAAGAGGUAGUGAUGUCAUAGGUGCAAUGUCAAAGUUCAGAGAGCAUCACCCCGGGUAGGAUUUAACCCCGUAAAGUGUGAACUGGUGAAAAGAAUAUGAAAUACGUGAGCAACCGAGAUGUAGAAAAUCCACAUGCUCAGGUACCAAUUAAAAAACAAGGAUAUAAAUAAAGGAUCAAAACGCCACCCAAGGUACAGAUCUACUAAAUGUCUAAAAAGGUUACGUACAAAAAGAGUAUGAUUAAACUAGAGCUGGGAUAGCCAGAUCCUAUAGAGGAAUUAGAGUUGCAAGAGGAGAUAUAAUCUAAUAUAUAUAGUAUAUACAAAGCCACACAAGAGGGUUAGAUAGUAUCAUAUUCUAAUUACACAUAGUUCUAAAUACAUGUAGCAAAUCUACUGGGAUACAGAACACAUGGUAAGAAUACUCUAAGACUAAAGAUAAACAUAACCAUAAAUAUGUGAAAAAAAUCAUUAUCUUUUCGGAAUGAAGCAAUUCAGAGGAUUAAUCUCAUUCAAUCCUCCUGAAUAUAUUGUUCCCAGUGUGAAAAUCCAGAAAGCUUCUCUUUGAAGGAGCAAAUUGUUUCUGUCACCUCCCCUCAAAGGGAUCGGGACAUGUUCAAUGCCCAUAAAUUUCAGGGUUGGCAAUGUGUGUCCCAUUUCAAGGAAAUGUUUGGCUAUGGGGGUAGAUGCAAUACCACUAGAGAGUGCUAUUCUGAUAGUCGAUCUGUGUCCCCUCAUUCGUUGCCUUAAAUCAUUCGAUGUUUUCCCAAUGUACAUAAGACCACAAGGACAUAAAAUACGAUAAACAACGUGUGUUGUAGUACACGUAAUCCGUUGUCGUAUCUUGUACUCUUUCCCUGAAUGUGGAUGAAAAAAUUAUUUUCCUGGGGUCAUAUUGUUGCAAGCUGUAUACUUCAAGCAACGAAAGCAACCAGGGUUCUGAUGUAUAAAACGUCUUGAUGCUUGUAUAUCAGUAUGGACCAAGUAGUCUCUUAGGUUCCUGUUUCUCCUAUAACUGAUCAUGGAGUUUUGUUGAAAUAUCACUGGAAGUGUCUUAUCUUAAGUAUCUCCCAAUUAUCCCGUACCAUUUUUGACAAGUCACGAGAUUGUGAAUGGAAAGUUUGAGGGAAAAUUAGUCUAGUUUGUUUAUUCUUAGUCAUAGGUCCAUCGAUGUAUAGUUGUAAUGCCUUUGAGUAUGCUCUUUCCAGUGUGUACCUUGAAUAUCCCCUCUGGGUAAAUUUCUCAAACAUUUCUUGUACCUGUACAGCAGCCUUAAUGGAGUCAGAGUUAUUUCUCAGUACCCUUACAAAUUGUGAUACCGGAAGAGAUUUUAUCAAAUUGGAAGGAUGGUGGCUAGUGGCAUGUAGUAAAGUAUUGCGAUCAGUUUUUUUCGCAAACAAAGUAUAACCCAACUUGUUGUUUUCAAUAAAAAUACGAAGAUCCAAAAAGUCCAUUUGUUUAUUAUUGAUUUGAUAUGCAAGUCUAACAGGUAAAUCAAGGUGAUUAAGAGACUGUAACAUGUUGAGUAAUAUUUGUUUUUCCCCAGACCAGAUAAUGAAGACGUCAUCGAUAUAUCCAUUUCAAAAUAUGCUGGCUAUAUUCUUGUAAAAUAUAUCUCUGUUCAUAUAUAGGCAUAUAUGCCUUAGCAUACAUGGGUGCCAUAGGGGCACCCAUAGAUGUCCCCGAAAUCUGGAUGUAAAAUGAUUUUUCGAACCUGAAGUAAUUGAGUGUAAGACAUAGUUCUAAUAACUCCAGGAUAUAUUCAAUGGGGGGCUCAAUUUUCUCCUGAUAUUGUAGCAGAACCUGUCGCAUUGCUAGUAUUCCUUCUUUGUGGGGAAUAAUAGUGUAUAGGCUGUUCACAUCGAUGGCCGCCAAGUAAACUCCUUGUGGAGGUAAUUCAAUAGAGCUGAGGGCGGCUAUAAAUUGGGCAGAGUCUUUCACAUAGGUAGGUAAUGACAUAACAGGUUUCUUGAAUUUGGUGUCUAACCAUUUUCCAAUGGGUUCCAAGAGACCACCAAUCACAGACACAAUUGGACGGCCUGGUGGACAUUUCAGAUUUUUAUGUACUUUUGGCAAUGUGUAUAUAAUUGGACACUUCGGAUGCGUUUCAAAUAAGUAUUCAAAUUCAGCUGUGGUGAGGAAGCCUGAUUCUAAUCCCCUCGGUAGUGUCUGUUCAAUCACUUUACUGAAUUCGUUAACUGGGUCAAUCUCAGUAUAUUCGUAGACCCUAGUAUCAGACAGUUGUUUCAGGAAUUCAGCCCUAUAGUCUUUAUAUUGUAAAAUAACAAUAGCGCCACCCUUAUCCACAGGUCGUAUAAUGAUUGACAUAUCAUUAGCUAAGCUGUAAAGAGCCUCCCUUUCAGAUUUAGAGAUGUUGGAGAGUUACUUUUAGUAUUGAUUAUUUCCGUGGUGUUAGUUUUAAGGAUUUGUGAAAACGUUUUUACUGUAGUAUUGGAAGUAAGGGGAUCAAAUGAGCUGCGCAAUUUAAACCUUUCUGUGCCUUCCUCUUUAGUUUGAUUUUUCUGAUGCGAGUUUUUAAAGUGGUCUGCUAAAUGGAGUUUUCUAUUAAAUUUAAACUGGUCAAUUUCUCAUUGAAAUUUAUUAAUCCUAGAUGUAGGAACAAAUGAGAGACCCCUCUUUAAUAGCACAAUCUCUGCUGUAGUGAGGGUUCUAGCAGAUAGGUUAAUGAUAUGUGUCCAGUGCCUCUUCCCUUUCUGCCCCCUCCUGGUGUAAUGAUGAAGUUUGGAGGGUGCGCUAUGCUCAAAUGACUCCCACUGGUCGGUUCUCUCACCAGACCUAGUCCUGGUUCUAAAAAAGAUGAAUCAAUAUGUUCCGAAUCUUUGGAGUAUGCUCUCUCCCUCUGUGAAAUCCUUUGAUCAGAGUCAGACACUGAUUCGCCCAAAGUGAAGUCUACUGUAGAAGCAAUAGGUUUCCUAAUGCGGGGCCUGUAUGUUCUAUAUGUAGGUCUGGUGUUCUCUCCAGAUAACCACCUAUAUACUCUAUGCUCAGAGUAGUCAGCCUGGACUUUUGCAAGUUUUUCUCUCUUAAAUCUGACAAGGUCGUUUUUAUACUGUUUCAAAUCUUCCAUUUUUGAAUCAACAAGUCACAAUUAGGUGCAGCUAUUGUGGUAGAAUGUAACACUUCAUAAUCAGAAAUUUUAAACUUAGUAAUUUUUAGUUCUCGACCUACCUCCUCAAUAACGACCAGCAUCAGAUCCAAGGAACAUUUGUUCAAUAUGCCGAUCCACUUACGACAGACUUCAGGGUUAUUCCUUCCAAUAGUUGGAACAUUCUUAAUCCAGAAGCCCCUUGGAAUUUUUUUCAUGCGAUAAUAGUCUGAUAAGUAAAUGGCAUGUAAUUCAAGAUCUAUUUGUCUUUGUUUAAGUUUUUGUAAUUCUCUCACAAUGUCCCGUGGUUCAGAUGAGACAGGUAGGUCCGAGUCAGAUUGUGGCCAGAGUAUGACCCCAGGAAAAUAAUUUUUUCAUCCACAUUCAGGGAAAGAGUACAAGAUACGACAACGGAUUACGUGUACUACAACACACGUUGUUUAUUGUAUUUUAUGUCCUUGUGGUCUUAUGUACAUUGGGAAAUCAUCGAAUGAUUUAAGGCAACGAAUGAGGGGACACAGAUCGACUAUCAGAAUAGCACUCUCUAGUGGUAUUGCAUCUACCCCCAUAGCCAAACAUUUCCUUGAAAUGGGACACACAUUGCCAACCCUGAAAUUUAUGGGCAUUGAACAUGUCCCGAUCCCUUUGAGGGGAGGUGACAGAAACAAUUUGCUCCUUCAAAGAGAAGCUUUCUGGAUUUUCACACUGGGAACAAUAUAUUCAGGAGGAUUGAAUGAGAUUAAUCCUCUGAAUUGCUUCAUUCCGAAAAGAUAAUGAUUUUUUUCACAUAUUUAUGGUUAUGUUUAUCUUUAGUCUUAGAGUAUUCUUACCAUGUGUUCUGUAUCCCAGUAGAUUUGCUACAUGUAUUUAGAACUAUGUGUAAUUAGAAUAUGAUACUAUCUAACCCUCUUGUGUGGCUUUGUAUAUACUAUAUAUAUUAGAUUAUAUCUCCUCUUGCAACUCUAAUUCCUCUAUAGGAUCUGGCUAUCCCAGCUCUAGUUUAAUCAUACUCUUUUUGUACGUAACCUUUUUAGACAUUUAGUAGAUCUGUACCUUGGGUGGCGUUUUGAUCCUUUAUUUAUAUCCUUGUUUUUUAAUUGGUACCUGAGCAUGUGGAUUUUCUACAUCUCGGUUGCUCACGUAUUUCAUAUUCUUUUCACCAGUUCACACUUUACGGGGUUAAAUCCUACCCGGGGUGAUGCUCUCUGAACUUUGACAUUGCACCUAUGACAUCACUACCUCUUUUUUUGUUUCGUAUUUUUACUCUCCAAUCAGAGUUUGAUCUCACCAUAAUUAAAUCCUUACUUUUCCCAUUUUUCACCGUCUUGAUAAAAGUCCUUCUGGGACUGAAACGUCAACUUGAUCGUUUUAAAAUUCUACACGUUUGUGAAUAAACUAAGUAUAUUUUCUUCAAAGAAGUCCUCCUGAGUGCACUCUUUUUCUAUUGGUAUACAUUACGGCUGAGGUAGCACCGACACAGGUACAAGACCGGCAAAUUGAGUGCGGGAUAUUCGAAAUAUAUAUAUAUAUAUAUAUUGUCAUUCUAAGUGUAUUUUGUUACCUAUAUAUAUAUAUUAAUAACAAACUACAGUUAGAAUGAAAUUACAUAUGAAUAUAUAAUUUAUAUUAAAUUUAGUUUUUCAAUAUUUUAUUUAUUUUAUUAUUUUAUUUAUUGUAAUUAUACGUAUAUAUGUGUAUAUAUCUAUUACAUAUAUGUGUGUAAUAUUAAAAUACACUUAGAAUGACGUUACAUAUAUAUGUGUGUGUGUAUAUAUAUAUAUAUAUAUAUAACGUCAUUCUAAGUGUAUUUUACUACUAAUAUAUGUACUUAUAUUAAUAUUAAAAUACACUUUGUAUGACAUUACAUAUAUAUAAUAUAUAUAUAUACAUUUCUAUUUUAUUUUAUAACAUGUUUAAUGAAUUUUUUUUUUUACUUUCCCACCAGCAGGGGGACUGUCUGACAUUUCAGACAGUCUCCCUGCUGGCAGAUCCACAGCCAGCUAUAGGUGGCCAUAUUUGCCGGGCUCCCUGGGCUGUCAGGCAGCCCUCCAGAAGAGGAUCGCGGCAGAGGUGAGUACCGUGGACCUCCAGAGGCUCAAAGCCGCUAUGGCGUUCAAUGCCGCCGCAACGGCUUUAAAGCCCACUUAACGCGGGAUGGCAUAGAACGCCGUAACGCCGUUAUCGGGUUAACUCCUAAAUGACAGUGAAUUGAGCAGUGAAAUUGCAGAGGAAUGAUCUUUACACUAAAACUGCUUUAUUUAAAGUUAUUUAGGUGACUAUAGUGUUCCUUUAAGUUCAAUGUUUUAUUACUCUGAAUUUUAUGUGAUGGAUCAGAACACAAUAGUCUAAGUUGGUGAAGUGAAAUGAGAAAAAUAUAUACAUAAAACAAUUUUUUAGAAAUAGAAAACAGAAAAUUGGCAUGUGCGUAUGUAUUCACAACCUUUGUUAUGAAGCCAAUAAAAAGCUCUGGUGCAACCAUUUACCUUCAAAGGUCACAUAAUUAGUGAAAUGAUGUCCACCUGUGUGCAACUAAGUGUCACAUGAUCUGUCAUUACAUACACACACCUUUUUUGAAAGGCCCCAGAGGCACCACCUAAGCAAGAGGCACCACUAACCAAACACUGCCAUGAAGACGAAGGAACUCUCCAAACAAGUAAGGGACAAUGUUGUUGAGAAGUACACGUCAGGGUUAGUUUAUUAAAAAAUAUCCAAAUCUGUGAUGAUCCCCAGGAGCGCCAUCAAAUCUAUCAUAACCAAAUUAAAGAACAUGGCACAACAAACCUGCCAAGAGACGGCCGCCCACCAAAACUCACGGACCAGGCAAGGAGGGCAUUAAUCAGAGAGGAAGCACAACCCUGGAGGAGCUGCAGAGUUCCACAGCAAAGACUGGAGUAUCUGUGCAUAGGACGACCAUAAUCCGUACGCUCCAUAGAGUUGGGCUUUGUGGCCGAGUGGCCAGAAGAAAGCCAUUACGUUCAGCAAAAAACAAAAUGGCACGGUUUGAGUUUGCGAAAAGGCAUGUGGGAGACUCCCAAAAUGUAUGGAGGACGGUGCUCUGGUCUUACGAGACUAAAAUUUAACUUUUCUGCCAUCAAAGAAAAUGCUAUUUCUGGCGCAAACCCAACACAUCACCCAAAGAACACCAUCCCCACACUGAAACAUGGUGGUGGAAGCAUCAUGCUGUGGGGAUGUUUUUCAGCAGCUGGGACUGGGAAACUGGUCAGAGUUGAGGGAAAGAUGGAUGGUGCUAAAUACGGGGAUAUUCAUGAGAAAAACCUGUACCACUCUGUGCGUGAUUUGAGGCUAGGACGGAGGUUCAGCUUCCAGCUGGACAAUAACUCCAAACACACUGCCAAAGCAACACUUGAGUGAUUUAAGGGGUAGCAUGUAAAUGUGUUGUAAUGGCCUAGUCAAAGCCCAGACCUCAAUCCAAUAGAAAAUCUGUGGUCAGACUUAGAUUGCUGUUCACAAACGCAAACCAUCAAACUUGAAGGAGCUGUAUCAGUUUUACAAGGAGGAAUGGGCAAAAAUUCCAGUGGUAAGAUGUGGCAAGCUCAUAGAGACUUAUCCAAAGCGACUUGGAGCUGUGAUUGCUGCAAAAGGUGGCUCUACAAAGUAUGGACUUUAGGGGGGUGAAUAGUUAUGCACAUUGACUUUUUCUGUUAUUUUGUCCUAUUUCUUGUUUGCUUCACAAUAAAAAAACAAAAACCUUCAAAGUUAUGGGCAUGUCCUGUAAAUUAAAUGAUGCAAAUCCUCAAACAGUCCAUGUUAAUUCCAGGUUGUGAGGCAACAAAACACAAAAAAUGCCAAGGGGGGUGAAUACUUUUGCAAGGCACUGUGUAUCUGUAUUCCCAAUCCUAAAGUGUUCAUUUACAUUAACUGCUGAAAUUUUUUUUCUUUAUUUUCUCUGUCAUCACGAUGUAGAUCAUACAAACUAGUACUUUUCAUAAUAUGCAGAUACCCUAAACUUUCCUUGGCCAUCUUCUGUUUUACAUAAACAUUGUCACUUGCAAGCUGUGUAAUACUUAAUAGUUAUACGGAUAACUUUAUUUAUCCUCUCAUUGCCAUUAAAGGGACAUGGAUCACUUGAUAUUUUUUUAAACCAGCACACAAAUAUUUUUAAAAAGUAUACAAACCAAUACAAAGCACGAACAACUUUGAACAGUAAGUAAUAAAUAUUUAUAAAUUCCAUUCCCUUCCCCCUUCUUACCCACCCAUCUUGGUUUCAGACCAUUCCAUUGACAACGCUUUGUGUAGCAGUAGGAGGGAAGCCUGUUUAAGGUGAAGAGAUCUUCCAACUGUUCAAGUCUAACAGUCAGACAUGCCUGAUGUAAAUUUCCAGCAAUUCUAUGGAUAGGACACUUAGUUGGUUAGAUUUGUGUCCCCCAUAGAGUGGAAAGCAUAAGAAAUAUCAAGCAGUUUAAUAUAAAAUAACAUAUUUAGCUGCUUUUUCCAGACGUCCAAGUGGCAGUCAUAACGACUGUCAUGACUGUCGCUUGGACUGUGGAAAAAUAAAUUUACCGUAAGUAAAACAUUUUUUUUUUUCCCCCCCUUAGCCUACAGGAUGACACCUGUCUCAUUCUAAACUAAAUCUUUUUAAUGAGACUUGUCUCAAAGUGAUGCGUGUCCCUUCAAUUGCUUUUCUGUGAACUCCUUUUGGGCUUUGCAUUUCUGAUAAUAGAUUAAAACAAUCAAAUCUUUAGGAAAGCCUACUGUGGCAAACGUGCGUAUGCCACAAGCUCCUGGAAGAGCCUGCUAGCUAGCCUCCUGCCCAAGGUCUGUGUGCCAUAUACAAAGAUCCUGUUCGGGCAUUAACCCUGCCCAGCCGCCAUUAGCAGCUUUCCCUUCAUUCGAAUGGAACCGAACACUAGCUUUGGGUAUUUUUAGGUUUUAUGUUUGCCUCUCUGUUACUGGGAGAUAAUUAGCUUACCGGUUUUUAACGCAAUUAUCUCCCAGGCAAAUUGAUCUUUAAAAAGGGGCUUGCAUUGUAUUGGGUGGAGACCCCCUGCUGGGGGUUGUGUGUAAAAGCAGGCAACUUGGCCAUAAUAAAUUAGUUCCUUUUCACCCUUCACUCAGUCUGGGCUAGUGUUUGGGUGUAUCAGCUGUACUCUCUGCAGGAGCGCUUAAUCACUUGGAGCUGUACCAAGGACACUGUUCCAGGGCAGGAGACCCAGCUGUGGCAGCUAGGGAGCGAGCUUGAUGGAGGUACCCAGUCUGGGUGCUAGGCAGUCUGUCACACCUACCAUCUUUUAAGUGACCCUUCUUUCCUUUUCCCAGCUCACUCUUUCUUCUUCCACUCUAUGGUUCGUCCAUACACCACUUGUACUAGCUGAAUUUUACACAGGCAUCUUAUCCAUCAAUCCCUCCUCUUUUGUUUCUUUACUAUUUCCUGGUAGAUUGUAAGCUCGUUUGAGUAGGGACUUCUUCAUUACUUGUCUCUGUUGGUAUUCGUUUGUAUGCAAAUUACUUGUGAAAUAUACCCCUUCUAUCCUUGUAGUGUUGCAGAAUGUGUUGGUACUGCAUAAAAUAAUCAUAUUUCUCUUUCCUUUCACUUCAACACUACCAUUUCUCUUCAUUAAUGACAUUACAUAAUCUCAGUUAAUCAAGCUUAAUUACCAACUCUGGUAUUGGACUGUUAGUGUGUUUCUCUUGGCAGGUAUUAGAUUAAAAGAAACCAUGAUUAAUGUAGUUCAUUAAUACUAUAAGGUCAGUCUGGUUACCAAACCUGCAAUUAUUUUCCCUGUCACUUAUCCUUUUGCUUUUCAGUGUUGGUAUGCAGCCAUGAAGGUAGUAACCGCCGCUGUGGAGGACAGGGAGAUCUCCUGGCUGGGUCUCUUGGAGUUUUGGUACACUGGGCAUUUCUUGCUGGACCCGAAAAAAUUAAUGGGUAUGCUAUCCCAAGUUAAUUAUGCAGUUUUCCAAAGAAAAGAGUUGCCUGUGCACUACCCCAAAUCCAUAUGCAUAUUCAAACAAAUGGAGUUUUUUUUGUAUCACUCCAAUUGCCAUUAAGUGUAAGCCCACCUGCCACAUGGAAGCAAAAUUAAUUAUUAGUGUAGGACCCACCUAAGAAGAGGUUUGCUUUCUUCAGCUUCAGGCAAAAAAAAACCCCAAAACCAUAUCUAAUGCCUCUAACUGCCUGAAGCUAAAGGAAGCAAGGUGAGUUGUUCGUGUAGGACCCACCUAAGAUGUUUGCUUUCACGUGGCAGGUGGUCUUACACCUAAAGGCCAUUGGAGUGAAACAAAAAUAAAAAAAACUUUUUUUUUUUUUUUUAAAUAUGCACAGGGAUUUCGGGUAAUAAACUUGUUUUUUGUUGUAUGUAUUGAGGUUCAUGUAUACUAUGGUCAUUGCUGCUGUUCAGGAGUAGUGGGAGUCUGAGUCCAGGACUUAUUUUUGUCUGGUUGUAUAUGCAUUUUUCCAACAGGUAUGUUAUGUUUAACAUUGUGAAAGCAAUAUCCUUAAUUCAGAUUUUAACUUCUACGCAUUUUGUUAAAUAAAUGUAACCGCAACGGUAGGCUCCACUGCAGAGACUAUUUUGUGUGUGUUUAAUUUUUUUUUGGCCCUAACAGUUGAGCCAUGGACCUCCAUUACUGUAUUUAACCCUGUAACUUUCCAUGACCCCCUAAAACCAAUACAUGGGGGGUACUGUUUUACUCCGGAGACUUCGCUGAACACAUAUUAGUGUUAACGGUAAAACAUAUCACAGCGAUGAUAUUUAUUUUAUUUUUUUGCAUUUUUCUCGCACAAACUGCACUUUCACUGAUAUUGUUGUGAUAAGUUUUACUGUUUAGAAACACCAAUAUUUUGUGUUCAGCGAAGUCUCCCAAGUAUAACAGUACCCCCCAUGUACAGGUUUUUCAUAGUGUUUUUGAAAGUUAUAGGGUGAAAUUUAAGGCUUGAUUUUCAAUUUUUUCACAUUGAAACUUCCCAGACUGAUUGUUUCCUUUGAGACUGUAUGGUAGCCAAGGAAUGAGAAUUACCCCCAUGAUGGCAUACCAUUUGCAAAAGUAGACAACCCAAGAUAUUGCAAACAGUGUAUGUUCAGUCUUUUUUAGUAGCCACUUAGUCAAAAACACUGGCCAAAGUUAGCAGUUUUUUUUGCAUUUUUAACACAAAAAAAAUUUAAGCUAACUUCGGUAAGAAAACUGAAAAACUGUCUGGUCACUAUGGGGUUAACAAAGAUUUUAACACAACUGGCUCUCUUCAAGCCACAAGUGGUCUUUGUCAUAUUAAUGGUGGAUAUUCAGUGAAAGUGAUUUGAAAAUGUACUCCCAUUUCUCUCUCUUUAUUUUUUUAUUUUUUACUCUAGUCAAAACCCAUUCCUUGUGGCAGCCUUUGGUGCCUGCUCACUUACAAGACAAUGUAACCACCAAGCUUUCCAGAAACAUGGACGUUCAAUGACGACAGGCGACAUGAUUACUGAAGUUGGAACCGCUUUUAACAAACUCUUUGAAACCUGAUACUACUGAAGCAGAGCACUGAACAGUGGCCUGUGGACUGCUAAUGAAUUAGAGAUGUACAUAGAGCCCCUUUCCUAAUGCUGUAGCAGUAUUUUAAACAUGCCAUACCGGCAUGCUCAAUUUUCAGUGUAGAAAACAAAAUAAGAAAAUACUGUAGAUUUUUUUUUUUUUUUUUUUUUUUUAACCCCACAAACAUGGCAGGUGGAAUACAGAAGAAUCCUGAUUGAGACAAACGUCUACAACAAAAGUAAUUGAAAUAAAACAAGUGGGACUGGAUUUUGUUAAUUAUAUGAAAAAAAGGACUUUCUGGAAAGCAUUUUGGUAUUUUAGUUAGAACAUCGAAUAUUAAAUUUACUGAUUGAAAGUAGUUUAAUUGUAAGUCCCUAUACACAGAUUUGCACUAUAUGUAUUGUUUUAAUGAUUUAUUUAAUCCUUAAAAAAAAAAAAACGAAAAAAAACCCUACUUUUUUGAUAAGUAAUUAAAAUGUAUAACACUACUCAACCUUUAUAAAUUUUAUUAAACAAUGUAAAGAUACAUAAUCUAUGCACUGCAUGCCCCACUGUUAACCAGUGUAUCCAUCCAUCAUUCUAAGAAAUAUUGCGGUAUAGUAGCGGAGGGCCAAGACUGGAAACUCCCGAUCUUCAGUGAUCAAUAUAAUAUGAAAACAUUUUCUAACACUAGAAUGUUUAAUUCUACUCACCAGAGUUCCACGCGUAGACUGUCAGUAAUAAGUUAUCUGCUGAAAAUUCGUCCCAGAACAAUGGUUCUAUCGGGUUGAAUCCGGAAGCCCUCUGGCUGUAAGGUACAAGGCCAGGAUGGUGUUUUCAGAUUGUCCAAAAUGAAUUUAUAAAAGUGCUGAUUUCCCCUGAAACCAGCACUUUUAUUAAUUAUAAUUGUAUAACUGCUCAGUUUCUCAAUAACCACAAUAAGUACCAUUGCAGGAUUAAACUAACGGGCCCAGCCCACUUUAAUAAGUGGAAGUGGUCUGGGUACCUAUAGUGUCCUUUUAAACUGCCUAAGAGUUUUGAAAAUCUUUGAAAGUG